CAGCGCCGUGCACACGCUCAGACUGGGCAGAACCCUGCCCUUCAGACAUUCUUAUUCUGCCUCGCUCGACUUACUCAGUUCCCGGUACAACUAGUCUUCUGCUAUGAUGGCAACCAGCGGCCUGAUGUCAAACGAGGGCAUAAGGUAUCUUCUAGGGAACACUGGAUGGUCAAGCCGACUCAACGCAUCUUGGAUGUCUUCAAUACUGCAAUGGAUUAUGGUGUGUCUUCUUUACCUUCGCUGCAGGAGAAGCUGAGGCUCAACUUUGCAUUGAUGAAUAGGGCCGGUGUCAUUGAUGCUGUACUGACAGACGACAGUGAUACCUUCGUAUUUGGUGCGAAGACUGUCCUUCGAAACUCAACACUUUCGAUGGACACGAUCAAGAUGUAUACUGCCGGCGCCAUUCAGGAACGAAUUGACCGUUGUCUCACUGGUGAUGCUUUCAUUACCAUGGCCAUCUGCUGCUGCGGUGAUUAUGAUAAGAGUGGUCUUCUGGGCUGCAGGUGCGAGACAGCACUUGGUUUGGUCCGCUGCAUGGACAACAGUAUGUUGCGUAGUGCCAUAUGCAGCAACAACCAAGGCUGGAGUCUCAAAGAGUGGCGAAACAUUGCUCAAUGUCACCUUUUGAGUGAUCCCACUGGGAAGAUGGGCCGAUCGCAUCCAGCGCUUGCUCGCUCGCUCCCUGAAUCAUUCCCCAGUGCGGACACCAUCAAUUCGUAUGCGCACCCUGCAGUCACCUCACUCGCCGAGGUACCCAAACUGCAGCUGCCAGCCCCUCCUGACCUUGCCCAGCUUGCAUGUGUGAUCCAGCAGUUCCUAGGCUGGGACUCGAAGAAGCUUCUUAGUGCCUUCCACACCACUAUCUGGCCCGUUGUCAUCCUACAUGAACUCCUGGAGGAUCUUGCCAACAAUUCACCCAGGAGCAAUGAGGUACGUGAUUGCUUUAUAUUCUAA